CGUCCGACCAUCACCACAUCGACAUGUUGCGGCCCCAGACAAUACGGCCGAUCGCGCGGGCAUCGCAGGCGCCGCUCUCGCGCGCUGCCGCACGCGCCGCCAGACGGGGGCUGGCGACAGUGCCGCCCGCGCAGGACCCCGUCGAGCUCGACCAGAUCACAACCCUCCCCAACGGCAUCCGCGUCGCCACCGAGGCGCUGCCGGGCCACUUCUCGGGCAUCGGCGUCUACGUCGACGCUGGCUCGCGCUACGAGAACGACGCCCUGCGCGGCGUCAGCCACAUCGUCGACCGGCUCGCCUUCAAGUCGACGCGCGCCACCAGCGGCGACCAGAUGGCCGAGAAGAUGGAGUCGCUGGGCGGCAACAUCCAGUGCGCGUCGUCGCGCGAGUCGCUCAUGUACCAGUCGGCCACGUUCAACUCGGCCGUCGAGAGCACCGUCGGCGUGCUGGCCGAGACCAUCCGCGACCCGCUCAUCACCGAGGACGAGGUGCAGCAGCAGCUCGAGACGGCCGACUACGAGAUUGGCGAGAUCUGGAGCAAGCCCGAGCUGAUCCUGCCCGAGCUGGUGCACAUGGCCGCGUACAAGGACAACACCCUGGGCAACCCGCUGCUGUGCCCCAAGGAGCGUCUGCCGCACAUCAACCGCGACGUGGUUGAGGCGUACCGCAAGGAGUUCUACACGCCCGACCGCAUCGUCGUGGCUUUUGCCGGUGUCGACCACAACGAGGCCGUCAAGCUGACCGAGCAGUACUUUGGCGACAUGGCCACGGGCCGCGGGCCGUCGCUCGUCGGCGCCCACGACCACAGCGCCAUCUCCAGCCAGAACCCGGAGCAGCAGCUCUUCACCGCCGACCACCCGACCCCGACCGGCGCGCCCCCGCAGCACUCGAAGCUCCUCUCCAAGAUCCCCUUCCUCAAGAACUUCUCCACCUCGGCCGCCGACUCCGCCUCCCUCACCUCCUCCUUCGACCUCAACUUCCCCCCCAUCGACACCUCAACCCCCUCCCACUACACCGGCGGCUUCCUCACCCUCCCCCCGAUCCCCCCGCCGCUCAACCCCAUGCUCCGCCGCCUGUCGCACAUCCACCUCGCCUUCGAAGCCCUCCCCAUCUCCUCGCCCGACAUCUACGCGCUCGCCACCAUGCAGACCCUCCUCGGCGGCGGCGGUUCCUUCAGCGCCGGCGGCCCCGGCAAAGGCAUGUACUCGCGGCUGUACACCAACGUGCUGAACCAGCACUUCUGGGUCGAGUCGUGCGUGGCCUUCAACCACAGCUACACCGACAGCGGGCUGUUCGGCAUCAGCGCAUCCUGCGCGCCCUCGCACGCGCCCCAGAUGCUCGAGGUCAUGUGCCGCGAGCUGUCGAGCCUGCGCGACGCCUCGGGCUACGCCGCGCUGAAAGAACCCGAGCUGCGCCGCGCAAAGAACCAGCUGCGCUCCUCGCUGCUGAUGAAUCUCGAGAGCCGCAUGGUCGCGCUCGAGGACCUGGGGCGCCAGGUCCAGGUCCACGGCCGCAAGGUCGGUGUUGCGGAGAUGUGUGCGCACAUCGAGGCCGUCACGGUCGAGGACAUGCGGCGCGUGGCGGCGCAGGUGUUUGGGGGUGAGGCCGGGCGCGGGUCGGGCGCGCCGACGGUGGUGCUGCAGGAGGGCGAGCAGGAGGGGCUGCGGCGCAAGGACUUUGAGUGGGACGACAUCCAGGCGCGGAUUGCGCGGUGGAAGCUGGGCCGGCGGUAGGCCAUGUAUGAGGUAUCGAUAUGAGACGGCGGUGUAUGAUUACGACUAGAGUGCGAAACGGGUGUUGUAUUAUACGUAUACUGCAUGGUACGGUGCAUACGGGCUCUCGAAGCUCGGCGGAAGCAAAAAUCGAUAUGGCUUGAUUAU